UAUAGCCUUGAAUGCAGUUUAACACGAUGAGCCAAAUGCAGCGUGUUGGUAUGGAAGAUAGUUUCUUAUCAAAGUUAACAGAAAACAAAAGAAUGGUUAGAGUUUUUAAUGAUACUGGUUUUAUUUGGGCUAGGUAGGCAGAGCUAGGGCAGAACCAGGUGAAUUUUAAAGUGUUUCGGGACGGACCUUUUCUAUAUGUAUGAAUAAUCGUGACCUUUAGUCCAAAACCGCUUGACAUUCAGAAAUUCUUAAAGAUACAAGAAAAUCAUCAUCAUCAUCAUCAUCAUCUCAGCCAUGUGAAAUCCACUGCUGGACGUUAUUCAUUUGCUUCGAUCGGAAGCUGCCUGCAUCCAGCGUGAACCAUCGGCCUUGACUAAGUCGUCCGUAUAUCUCGUUGGUGGACGUCCAUCGCUGCGUUUUCCGAUCCACGGUCUCCAUUUGAAAACUUUUCUCCCUUAAUUGUCAUCUGUUCUUUAUGCCAUAUGGCCUACCCACUUCCACUUCAAAGAGUUAACCGUUUGGCUAUGUCGGUGACUCUCGUUCCUCAAGUGGUCCGACUGCCUAUGAGACGUGAAUUAACCCGGGAAAUAAAUGAAUGAUCUUAGCCGGACAGGUUGCCGAGUGAUGUUUAUUUUUAAGAAUUUGCUUAUAAUUAUUUUAUUUUAAAGUAUAAACUAUUUAAUACUUUAUAAAUUACUGAUUGGUAAACGCAAUAUGAAUCCCAAGAGUCCAGAAGCUAGAUUCCGGGAUGAAAAACCAUUUGAAGGAUUAAACAUCUCUAGUUCCGAAAUUUUAAACAGCUUAGAUAGUCGUAGUCCAUGUCCACGAUGUGGAAAAUCUCGAAUGUAUUUUUGUUAUACUUGUUUCGUUCCCGUUGCACUUCUUGAAGGAAAAAUUCCAACCUGUACCUUGCCGAUUAAAGUUGAUAUCAUAAAACACAGGAGGGAAAUAGAUGGCAAGAGUACUGCUGCCCAUGCAGCGGUACUGGCUCCUGGUUAUGUUAAUAUAUAUACAUAUCCGGACAUGCCUGAUUAUUCAAAUGACGAAAGAACUGUACUUUUAUAUCCAGGGACUGAAGCAAGCACUGUUCAAGAAUUAUUUACAGGAAAACAAAAUUCUCAAUCAUAUGCUGACAGUUUAUUAUCAGAAUUACCUUCAGGAUAUAAUGUCGGCACACUGAUGACAAAAAUAUUUGAAAGUCACAACAAAAUUAAUUCUAUUCAUCAUGUUGAUAAAUUACCAAUUGAUCGUUUAAUUCUAAUUGACAGUACAUGGAAUCAAAGUAGAGGAAUAUUUUCUGAUGAAAGAUUGCAAAAAUUACCUAAAGUUGUACUGCAGAAUCGAAUAUCCCAAUUCUGGCGACACCAAAAAGGCAGUCCAAGGUGGUACCUAUCAACAAUUGAAGCUCUACAUCAAAUGCUCUUAGAAUUACAUGUGGCUGCAUGGGGUUGCAGUGAGGAUUAUAAUUCUAUACUAACUUCCAAUUUUCCAAAGCAUAGUGGUGUAAUAUGUGAUUUCUGUAAACCUUAUAAUGGACAAUAUGAUAACCUACUGUUUUUCUUUAAGUACAUGUAUGAGAAACUUCACAGGCUUUAUAAACAUGAAGAUUUAUUAGCAUAUAAGAGACCAAUGCAAAUAUAAUAAAUUUUAUAAUUAAAUGUUUCAUUUGGCCUUAACUAGGUAUUGCCCUUACUUUUUAUAUUAAACAAUAACAAUAAAUUAUGUAAAUAAUAAAUGUGUCAUGGCCUUAUACUUGAAAAUAAAAAACAAUGUAUAAUAUAAAAAGUUUUAUAGUUGAAUAAGUUGCAUAUUUUUCUAAAGCUUAUGCCUAUUACAAUAGGCCUAUUUCUUCUUUAAACAUGUUUUAUGUAAUGCUAAAUAGAAGUGUUACAUAUAGAAAUUAUAUUAAAUUGAGAUAAAAAUAAAAUUCUUGGAGUUCAAUUCUUUUCCAAUAUUGAUUGCGAAACUAAUACAGCAAUAAAAAAAAUUCUUCCCGUCUUUAUAUCAAGUUUUUAUAACAAAAACACUUUAAUUAAAAUAAUAUCUAUAAUUAAGUAUACUACAUAGUAUUUCUUAUUAAUACUCUACAUAUUAUGAUGUCUUGCAAUAGCAAUUGUGAAUUUGGAUCUACCGUACAGCAAUACAAUCAUCAGUUCACAAUUAAUCGACUCUAAUUGCUAAAAUUUAAAUUAGAAAUAUAUUACAAUUUGCGUAAAUCUAGGACAAAAACACUUCCAUCACUCGCACUGGCACCUACUUUUGUACCUCUUGAAUUCCAGCAUACUUCAAAAAUGCCACCCGUCCCCUUAUAAGAAUGUACCAGCCCACCUGUCUGCGUAGACCAAAUGUGAACACACUUGUCAAAGGAG